UGUGUCUGUGUGUGAAAGAAAAAGAGAGCGGCUGCAUAAUACAGCGGCUCAGGCUGGCGUACGCUGGUGCGAGUUUAAAGACUAGAAGGCAUGAAAUGUGAUUUUGAAAAAGAAAAAGCAAAUCACUUUUUUUCAUCAUAUUUUUCCUCAUCUCUAUUUUACCAAUUGGAUCUUUAUCUCAUUUUCUAAUCCCGGCCCCUUUGUACUCUCUUUGCGGUUUAUCAAGGAGGUCGCUGCGGAUACAGCAGGGACCAACACAGACUGAACUGCAGACUAAAAGCAUGUUUCUAAGGAUGCAGCCAGUCUCAUGGGAUAGCCAUGUUUUGUCUUCAUGACAGCUACAUGUCACUCAGCCCUCUCUGCAGUGAGCCCUGCACAGCAAAGGAUGCUGGGAAAUAAUGAGCACUUUUAUCCCGGUCAGGAUGACAAAGAUGGGGAGGAUGAGGUGGAGGAAGAGGAGCAGGAAAGAGAAAAUGGAAACGAGGAAGGUGGACGUGCCACGGAGAAUGGAAGUUUAGAGGGUGUGGAGGAGAAGGACAUGACGGGAGGACGACAAUCCUGGGAAGGGAAAGGUGGCGAGGUGGUGAAACCAGCAGCCAUAGUGGUCGGCAGACAGAGAGCAGAACGGCCGCUGAGGCCAGGCAACCGGGGGUUUGCUUACAUGUCAAAUCAAGCCCCGCUACAUCAUCAAGCAGCCAAUAAGCAGCAGCAUCCUCUCAUUGCAGCCAAUCAGCAGCCUCAUCACCCAGGCUUGAAUGCGCUGCAGAAGAGACGAGCUCUCAUGGAGCGCAGCAUGACCACAGUGGCUCCUCUCGAAGAAGCAUUCCUGACAAUGAUGGUGUUUCGCAUUGGAAUUCCUGACAUAAAACAAACAAGGUGUCUCCAGUUUGACCAAGACUGCACGGUGUGGAGCGCUAAGCAGCAGAUCAUCUUAUCCCUCAGUGAGUCGCUGUGGGAUGUAUACAACUAUGGCCUCUUCCAGCCAGCUGGGGAUGGACGGGACGCCAAGUUCCUGGAGGAGGAGCGGGCCCUGCGGGACUACGCACAGUCCUUUGAGAAAGGGGUGCCUUACCUGGAAUUUAGGUACAAGACAAGAGUUUAUAAACAGACAAACCUGGAUGAAAAGGCUCUUGCAAAGCUCAGCACAAAGGCCAGUCUGAAGAAGUUCCUGGAAUACAUUCAGACUGGAGCAAUGGAUAAAUUGGCAAAGGUGCUUGAUAAAGGUCUUGAUCCAAAUUUUCAUGACCCUGACACUGGAGAGACCCCGCUCUCUGUGGCUGUGCAGCCUGGCCUGCCGGUGGAGGGCAUCAAGGUGCUGGUUCAGGGCGGCGCUCAUUUGGACUUCAGAAGCAGAGACGGCUUGACACCAGUGCACAAAGCUGUUGGGGCUCACAAUCACGCUGGGCUGCUGACUGUCUUGUCCCUUGGAGCAUCUCCUGACUACAAAGACCGCUGUGGCCUGACCCCGCUGUACCACACUGUACUAGCAGGGGGCGACACUUCCUGCUGUGAGACCUUACUGUACUACAGGGCGAGGGUGGGGACAAGGGACGAGAAUGGCUGGGACGAGUCCCAUCAGCACAGGGAUGAAGAGGAGUUUGGAAUGGAAGAAAUACAUAAGGCUUGCCAGAAUGGCUUUGCCCAGCACUUGGAGCAUCUGUUGUUUUAUGGGGCAGACACCUCUUCUGAAAAUACCUCAGGGAACACCGCACUUCACAUUUCUGCCCUGUACAACAAGGAGAGCUGUGUCCGCGUUCUUCUGUACAGGGGAGCAAAUAAGGAGGCAAAGAACAAACACGGUCAGACCCCUUGUCAGCUAGCUGUAAUGUCUGGUCACUUUGAACUCGGGGAAAUCAUCAAAAACCACAAAGAUUCUGACGUAGUGCCCUUUUUGGAAUCGCCCAAGUAUGUUCCCAAAAGAAAAGAGAGCGCCCACACAUUGCCUCUCCCCUCGCUCCAUUCCCACCACCUACUGCGUGCUAACAGUGAUAACACCAUGACGCAGUCUGACCCUCUGGCCAUGCCGAACAAGGCCGCAACCAAUCCUAACCCUGGACAGGGCCAGCGCAGGGCCUCCAUUGGCAUGAGAAGCUCCAGCAGCCCCAGAAUUCGUACUCGCUCCCCAUCCAGAGGGAGAGGAGGCCAAAGCGACACAGAGGAGCGGCCCCGGCAGCCACGAGGCAGACAGGGAGCGAACUCAGCGGGCAGCGGGGGAGGUCACAUAAAGCGUAUGUACAGUGCAGUUCCGGGGCGGGUGUACGUGGCCAACCGUGCCCACUCGGCCAGUGGAGACAGAGAGCUGUCACUCAGCAAAGGAGAUAAAGUCAAAGUAUUAAGUGUAGGAGAGGGGGGAUACUGGGAGGGAACAGUGAAAGGUCGCACUGGCUGGUUUCCUUCAGACUGUGUGGAAGAGGUGGCGGCUCUCACCAGAGACAAUCGAUCAGAGACGCGCAGCGAGAAAGCCAAGAGGAAGCUUUUCCGUAACGUCACAGUUGGAGCUUACGAUGGCACUGAUGGACCCAGUGACUACAUCAUUAAGGAAAAGACAGUGCUCCUACAGAAGAAAGACAAUGAGGGCUUUGGCUUUGUGCUUAGGGGAGCCAAAGCUCAGACUCCCAUAGAGGAGUUCACUCCAACGCCAGCGUUUCCCGCGCUGCAGUACCUGGAGUCUGUUGAUGAGGGGGGUGUGGCGUGGAGGGCGGGCCUGAGGAUGGGGGAUUUCCUCAUCGAGGUGAACGGCCACAAUGUGGUGAAGGUUGGCCACCGGCAGGUGGUCAACAUGAUCCGACAGGGCGGCAAUAGUCUCAUGGUGAAAGUUGUGAUGGUUGCUAGAAACCCUGAACUGGAGGAUACCACCCGGAAGAGGGCACCGCAGCAGUCUAAAAGACUGACUCCUCCAGCCAUUGCCCUUCGCUCCAAGUCAAUGACAUCAGAGCUGGAAGACAUGGUGGAAAAAGCUGCCUCUCCGUGGAAAAAGAAAGCAGAUUACGAGUCCUCUCAGGGUCCUGAUAAGAAGAGGACUGUCUAUCAGAUGGCACUAAAUAAACUGGAUGAAAUCUUGGCUGCUGCCCAACACACUAUUACAUCUGACAACCAGGGCCAGAGAGGUCAUGGGGGGAGGAGGGACCGGAGCAAGAGCAUUGUUCCCACUGAGCAACCAUAUGAGCAGCAGUCAUCGGUGAGUCUGGUUCAGCAAGGACCAGGUUUUGGCUACAACCAAGCUCAUUUUCAACCAGGCCACGGUCCUCAGCAUGCAGUCAUGAUGCGUCAAAAAUCUAUCGGUGUAACAGAAGAGGAGAGGCAGUACCUCCACCCACCUGCUAUGAAGUUGGCUCGCAGUCUGUCCGUGCCAGGGCCAGAGGAAAUCCCCCCACCCCCUAACACAUCUGCUCCAGAUCCACCUUUAUCUGCAGGCCCUCAUCCUGCGAGAGGGCCUGCUAUGCCCAUACCCCCUGUAUCUCAAGCCCACUACCAGCUGAACUCCCAGCCAGGGCAUCCUCCUCAAGCCGGUUGGGAGAGGGGAAGCACUGGUGUGAUGAACCAGCAGGUCAUGGUCCCCACCCUCAGGAGACAAUCAGAAGGACUGUGCGGCAGAGAGCCAGAGGCACCCAGGAGAGGUGGUGGCAAAAUGGGAGGGUUGAGGAGAGGCUAUAGCAGCGCUACACCACCGACAAGUGCUAAACCUAAGGCCCAACAAGCUACACAACAUCAACUGCACAUGGCCAACCGGGAGCAGGGUGGAGGUGUUGGCAGAGGGGCAGCCAAGAGGGGUGGACGGGGAGCUCUGAUGAAACAGUCAAAAGUGGAAGAUGGGCUGCGACAGCAUAGAGGAAAAGGAGGGGUAGCCAAAGAGAAGAGCUCGAUUCCCAUACCAACCAUCAUCGUCAAAGCACCCUCAACCAGCAGCAGUGGCCGGAGCAGCCAGGGUAGCAGCAUGGAAGCUGAGACCUCCCAGGAUGUAGACCGCACCUCAGCAGAUGCAACCCCAGACAGUGCCAACACCAGUCUACCUUCACCACUCACCUCCUCACCACCUCAGCCCCCUACCUCCUCUUCCUUGCCUUCAUCAACAAUCGCCCCCUCUGUUUCCUCACAACAAAACCUGGAAAACUUGGAUUACACUUCAACUUUUGGUACAGCCUUUGGGGGAGGAGGAGCACGCAGGGAAAGAGAACGUUUCCGAGACAUGAGAAGAAAGAGUGCUUCUUUCUUCCUAUCAUCUGAGGAAGAUAUUCAAGGAGAGGCAGGAGGGGGGACAGGAGAUGGAGGAGGAGCACUAGGGUCAAGAGUUCAGCCUUUGCAGGGCUCACAAGUGGAAGUACCCACACCUCGACUCCGGCCCUCCAAGUCCAUAGAUGAGGGCAUGUUUUCUGGAGACAGCUACAUCAACUAUUCCAGCAGCAUGCCCCCAGCCUUUGGCCUGCCUGAGUAUUCCUCCCCUGUCCUUGGGCAUGAUGGACAGCCCAAGUCAGCUCCCUCAAUGUACGGCACCCAGCCAACUACUACCUUCAUCCAUCCACUUACAGGAAAAGUUCUCGACCCUUCAUCCCCACUUGGCCUGGCUUUGGCUGCAAGAGAAAGGGCCUUAAAAGAUGAUCGCAGGACACGCCGAGAGGACAGACAUUUUGGUAGGCAGAUGUCCACUGUAGGAUCAUUCUCCACCCCUGUUCAGACCCCAGCUCAUUCCCUAUUUGCAACACCUACACAAUCGGCUUACACCUCCCCUGUUUCUGUUCACCUAAGCUCCGCCACCACCUCGCCUGCAUCUCUGAGCCGGCCACAGUCACCAAGGAUAUUACGUUUGGGAGGAGGAGGUGGAGAGAGAAUGGAAAGAGAAAAGGAGGGAGGACCCAGAGAGGGUCUUAGAGUUCGCUUCUCAGAGGACAGAACCAGUCAAUAUUCACCGCAGUAUUACCCACAGAGUCCCAGGGAGAGAGAAAGAGAAAAGGAGGUUUACGACAGCAGGAUACAGCCUCCUCCACCUCCGGCUCAACCUGCCCCCCGCAGACCUUCCUUUCUGCAGAUGGAAAGCACUUCCAACACCAGCUACAUCCCUCAAUACACUGUCCCCACAGCCCCUGCACAGACAGAUGGAGCUAUGGGGGAUGUAAGAGCAGGGGCGGGGGGAGGUCUAGGACUAAUGGUUCUCCCUCCGCCAGCUCCCUCAAUUGAUGCAGAUGAUGAGUUUGUCUUUGCAGAUCCCUUGCCCCCUCCUUUACAGUUUGCUAAUGGUAAGAGAGAGAGAGUUCAAGAAUUUUCUCAGGGGCAUCAACACCCAAUCCAACACUCUGCUGCUGUUGCUCCACCUCCCCCACCACCUCUCCCACGUCCCAAGACCUCAAACGUUCCCCAACACUCUCCGCAAGGUGGUGACUCUGCUGCUUCUAGCCUUACCUCCUACGACAGCGAGGUAGCCAACCUAACACAGUCAGCUCUCUCUCCUUCUUAUCCAUCCCCACAGAUAUUUCCCCCUUCCUCCACAACCACAACCACCUCUGUUGCUGCAAUGCCUCCCACAUCACUACACAGACCCCAGCCGAUGUCCCAUUCUCAUGCCUAUUACAGCAGCUCUAAUGACCCCUCAGUAGGUGGUCACACCCCUGCCCAGGACAGAGGUUCAGCCGCUCUUACCACCACCAUGACAUAUGCUACCACAACCAUGACAGCCUCUGCUGCCGCCGCCACCACAGCAUCACCUGCAUCCUCUGACUACAGCAUGAGCAUGUCUGGGCCCAGGGCAGGCCUCAGCACAGGGGGUAGAGCUGCUGACCACACUCAACACACUAACAUUAUACACAAAAGUGGAGACUGGCAAGAUGGCGUGGUGGAUUCUGGGAUUGAGGAGCUGGACAGUCACAGCAGUAGCGACCACCAUUUAGAAAUGCUGGGACUAAGUGGAUUGAGAAGAGGGGUCGUAGGAGAUGGGCAAGGAGGAGAGAGAGAGAAAAGUGGUGAACAUCAGGAUCCUUGUACAACCUACUCAGGUGGGCACACAUUUGAGGUGCACAGUGCCAAAGUGGCAAAUCCUGUGUUUCCAAAGAUGAGUCAUUAUAAGGAGGGAGGAGGGAGGGGUCAGUCUGUAGCACUACGCAGGCAGAACAGCACCAACCCUGCUCCAUUGCAGUUGCACAGACAAAGCAAUCUAGAAGAUGCCAGGUUAGAUGGAGCUCUCAUAGAUGAAACAAAGUGUAAGCAGAGUGGAUCCAAAAUGGAGGACGGCUUUAACUCUGCUUUGGCUGCCUGCUUAGAGAGACCUAUGGAUACUCGGUCAGUCGGGUGGGGUGAGGUUGAGGAGCAUGAGCAUGGUGGAGCAGUCCAAAGAGGUGGUAUGGUUUUGGAGGGCCGCAGCCUGCACUCACCUCUUUCUGGCGUGAAGGCCAGCAUCAUCAAUGAACUGAGCUCCAAGCUGCAACAGAUGAGUAGCAUGAAGAGCAUGGAUGACUGGAGCCACACUCCCAAGUCACCCACCAUGCAUAGGUAUUCAGCAGAUUACACUGAUGCUUUUCACAGCCCACCUACUGGCCGCUCCACCUCGCCAUUACCCACCUCAUCCCCACAGCAUCGUCAGAUCCUGACACCCAACCUGUCAGCCACCCCUUCUGUCUCCCCUUCCCCUCAAGUACCAAUUCAGCGCAACUGGACCCGAUCCCCUUCCCCACAGAUGCCUUCCUCUCCAGUUCUUUCCCACCCUCCCCAUUCCCCGACCUUCUGCCCAUACCCAACAUCGCCGAAGCAUCGGUCUAAGUUUCGCAGGCAGACUUUUGAUUUCCAGUGCAGUCCCACUAAGGAGAUGCGGUCUUCAGUCUCUCGGCGCCGUGCUCCAAGCCCUCUGAUCUAUAACACCGAACAACCAAACCCCACCCCACCCAGACCCUCCUCGCUCCCCAUACUUCCCAGUACACCAGUCUACAACAACCCUUUUGAAUUUCCUGAGCCCCUCACUCCUCCAUUUCCUGGCCUCCCUCUAGGAGACGCCUACAAGUCUUCAACACCUCCUUUGUUCUCUCCAUCCGGUGUGCCAAGUCCAAAUCCCCUACUUGUCUCCCGUUCUCUCUCUCCCACCCAUUUCCUCUCUGGAGCCUCCUCCCCCAUGCAUUUGCCCCUCAGCCCAUCUUGUCUUAACUACCCCCAUCUCACCCCUCCCCCACCAGCCAAACCCUUUGCCGUCAAGCCCCUGCCCUACUGGACCAAGUAUGAUGUGGCGGACUGGCUGGCUUAUCUAAGCCUGGGCGAGCACAUAGAGCGUUUUAUAGACAAUGAGAUAGAUGGAUCGCAUCUGCCUUCGCUCACCAAGGAUGACUUCUUGGAUCUGGGAGUGACACGUGUAGGACAUCGAAUGAACAUCGAGAGGGCGCUUAAGAAACUCACUGACAGGCGGCUCUCCUCUCCUUUGCAUGUCACUACUUCUCCCCGAGACACAGACUGAGAGUAAGAGGGGAGAAUCAAUGAUGAGAGAAACAUAUUGAGAAACAUGAAAAAUAACAGAAGAUGUGCAAGAGAAGAACAGUGGAGCUCAACCGGUUGUGUUGAAUUAAGACUAAGGAUUGGAUAUGUGGGGAAAACUAUAUUACAAAUUUGAAAGUAAAGAAUUAAUGACAUUUGUGGAUUUCUGGUCAAAAAAAGGGUGGGGAGGCAUUAAGAAUAUAUAAAAAUGAUGCUUUCCAACUCAAAAUAUACUAAAAACUUUCCAUGGAUAGACAUGUAGUUUACACACCAUUUUCUGUUGUUAAAGACAAACAUACACAUAUAAUGAUAUUUUCACACACAAUGAGGGAUUGUUUCUGCACAGUUAGCAGCACUGACAACACUUCAGUCAAAGUUCAAAGAAAAGUUGAAAAGUUGCCACUUAAAGGGUAAACCCCAAUAAAGUGGUACUGGUUGCAGGUGAAAACAGGAACAUCAGUUUUUGUUUUGUGCUUUAAGGAGAUCAGACUAUCUAACUGGUAUUAGUACUGGAGCAAAAGUGAGAAUAUGAGAGAAAAUAUUUUGUUUGUAAAUGAUAAUAGAGAAAAAUGAUAGACAACAAUAGUAUUCUUUUUUCUAUAUUUGCCAUAUUCUCCCCAAAUUAUACCCCAGUAAGCUUUGUAUGUAUGUACUUUGCAAGCACUAAAUAUAUCUUACAUGUAAACUGGAUUCAGUAUUAGUAGAACCAUUUGUUUUGUACCGAGUGCUGAUCGCAAUCAUUCAUUUCAAACUGGUCAGGGUAUUUUAAACUGUUGAAAUGAAGGUAUGAAUAAAGAAAUUCAUACCAGAAAUUGAGGAUAAUCUUGUUGGGAAUUUACCUUUUAUUAUUUUCCUAAUUAUUCCAUUGAAAAGAGAGAAAAUAUUUGAGAGCAAAUGAAAAGGGUUUACAUGUCUUUCUAAAUUGCAAAUCACUCAUAGAAUGUAUUGGUAUUCAUGGCCAUAGCAGAGGUCAAGGAAGGAAUCCAUCAUCUUUGAUGCCAUAAUGUUGACCGCUUUCUCACAAAGCAGGUGCAGUGAUCAAAAAGGGCUUCUUACGGCUAUGCUGUCUGCCUGACUUCCUCAGCCUCUGUGAGUCUGUGUGUCUGAUUUUGUGCGUGUGUGUUCGUCGGCCUGUGUUGGUGGCUAAAUGCUUCUCUUGACCUAUACCUUUCUAUUUCUAAGGCCUUUUCCCCACUGAUUAUAUCAGUGAGAAAACAAUUACGGUAGCUUUCUCACUAUUUGACAAUCCUAGUGUUUUCCUGUUCCACACAUAAAUCCUCGAAACAAAAUACUCUGACUCACUUUUCAAAAAGGGUUUUUUUCAGUGAAAAAUUUAAGUGGAUACUGUAUAUGUUACAUAGAGGUGAACAUGAACACCCUGUUCUGUUUUGUUUUAAUCAAGCCAGUUUAGACAUUCUUUACAGAGAAUUCUACACAUCAUUUAUAGAUCUAUAUUUAAUGAUGAUGAUAACAAUGACAACAUAAAAUAUAGUAUAAUAAAGAUAAAAACAUUAAGUAUGUAAACAUUUUUAAGAAUCACUGUCUUCCAGAUAGUGUGGACAAAUUCUUUGAAGCUUUGUUUGGUUUAUGUUUAAUUUGGGGUUUUCUGUAAUUGCUUUCUAUACUGCUCGCCCCGCGGUGACCCCUGUGAAGCUGACACAUGUUAGUUAAUGUAUAUUCUCUCUCUGUGAGUUUAAAAAUAAUGACUCUAUUCUAAUGCUGAGUUGCCUUUAUGCUUUUUCAUGAUGGAUGCUCUUCCUGAGAAGUGAAAGGACUGAGCAGUAGUGUAGAAAGCAUUACAUACUAUGAAUUAAAGGAGUAUUUUAGGUCUAGCAAAAAGCAUAAUGAAUAUGACAUGCAGUAUGAGAGUAAGUAUGCAGUGAUAAAAGGUAUAUAUAUAAAUUAUAUAUAUAUAUAAAUAUAUAAAGUUUUGUUUUUAAUAAAACACUAUAUACUGGUAAACAAGAUGAUAGAGGUACAACUAAGUUGUUGAAAUAAAUAAUAAAAUAAACUAUGGCCCUGCCGUGA